AUGACACCCCAGGAACCAUACCCAGCGAUCAACGAGAACAGAAACACCCAACCUCUCGGUAACAGUGACCUUGGAGUCCCCCGACUUAUUCUAAAUUGGAGGAUCUACGAUGAUCCCUCUCGGGAAGGCAUCUCAAGGGCCCUUCCCGAUCCCGAGAUUCUGCAUUUACUUAAGAAUGCAUACGAUCGCGGCAUCACCACUUGGGAUAUAACCGACUGCUGCGCGGGCGGAAUGGCGGAGAUUCUGAUCGGGAGAGCUCUGGCUCAGUACAAAAUCCCACGAACCAGCAUAACCAUCAUGACAAAACUCUGCCAUCCAGUUUUGAAACCCCCGUCACUGCCGCAGGCUGGCCCUGCCGGUGAUACGGCUGCAAGAGGCAAUCGUAUGAAGCUGAGUCACCGGAAUAUUUUCGAGGCGGUGGAGGGAUCUUUGAUUCGACUGAACACCACCUAUAUCGAUGUGCUCCAUCUCAAUUACAUGGAUGACACCGAGCCGGAGGAAGUCAUGGAGGCCCUCCAUAAUCUCGUUCAAGCCGGCAAGGUUCUCUAUCUGGGUGCCGCAAACAUGCUUUGCUGGCAGCUCGCAAGGUUGCAACAUACGGCGAGGAUGAGGAAUUGGACGACCUUUACCUGGAUGCAGGGGCCUUAUAAUCUGCUCUACCGCGAGGGGGAACGGGAGAUCCAUCCGUUCUGUCAAGCGGAAGGAAUUAAUCUCAUCUCUUGGAGCCCUCGGGCAAACGGGCUACUGGAUGGGCUGGGGAACUUUCCGAUACGUGGAUUAGCACCAUUUAAGUUCUCUGCGGAACAAAAUCACAAAAUCCUCAUGCGGGCCCGGUGGAUCGCACAAUCGAAAGGUUGCAGUAUGCGGACAGUUGCUAUUGCUUGGUUGUUGGCAAAGGGGGUGUCUCCGAGUGUCGGGUUGCAGAAUAUCGACAAGUCGACCUUGAUGGCACUGGAGAUUCGUUUAACCGAUCAGGAAGUGAAGUUUCUUGACGAGCUGUAUCGCGGUCUUCCUAUGGACGUCUUGCAGCUGGAUGAGUAGGACAAUUCAGCAUGGUAUGGGAUAAUGCCCAGUAUUCUUAGAUUGAGCGAUAUCUGCAAGGCAGGGACCGAGCAUAGUUGGCUUGGUGUUGCAGAG